CCUCAAAAUCGCUAAAAAGUGUAAAUUACUAGAGAUCAAUAUAUCACCAAAAAUGUCUAAAAUACCUGCAUUAAUAAAUUUUGCGACGAAACGCCAUUUUUCUUUAACAUUACCAAGGGAAGGUAAGCGAAACUUUCGAAAAUUCGUGAUCGCUAACAAGAGAGGUUCAAUGCUUCAUAAGAAGAGACAGGCUGGUCCAAAUCCUGAAUUACCGGUAGACAAACGAGGGGUUCGCGAUGUAGGCUAUUAUGUGAACGGCCGCUUCAUGGAGGUCCAAGAAAUGAUCCCGGAACUCAUUGUUCCGGAUUUGAAAGGUUGUGAUUUAAAGCCUUAUGUGUCUUAUAAAGCUGUGGAUGUAACACAGAGUGAAUUCUCGCCGCAGCAGUUGUUUGAUGCGGUGUAUAGCAAGAAAAUCGUCACAGAUUAUAAAAAAGGCAAAUUAGAUGCAGACGGACAACCCGUAGAGCCAUCUGAAGAAGAGAAACUCCAACCAGAAGAAGCUGUGGCAAGAGCAAAAAGAACAGGCUCUGAUAUAUUUUAGAAUCUAGUAUAUUAUGUAAUGAGCUUUAAGUAGUUAAUAUU